AUGGCAAAGAAUUGUGCCGAGUGUCAAAAGUAUAAACCUAAGAAUGUGAAGUUGCCACUACUCAGCCGUGACAUCCCUACAUUGCCAUGGCAGACCAUGGGAAUAGACUUGUGCUACCACAAUGACAAAGAAUUUAUUGUUGUGUUAACUUUUUCUUUUUUUUUCGAUGUGAGAGCCCUCGACCGCUCGACUGCGAGCAGAGUCAUCGCGGUCUGCGCAGACAUCUUUGCGGCACACGGCCUGCCAAAGACGCUUUGCAGUGACAAUGGUCCGCCAUUCAGCAGCCAACAGUUCAAGGACUACCUCCGUAAGAUGGCCACCAGGCACGUCAAAUCCAGUCCAUACCAUCCGCGUGCAAACGGGAUUGUGGAACACGCAGUGCAAGAGGCAAAGAAGCUCCUGAGGAAAUAUGCCUAUGGUGGUGACGAAUACUACACCGCAUUACUGGAGUGGCGCAAUACUCCCAGGGAUGAUUAUCUCAAGUGA